UCUCCCAACAUCACACUUCAAAUUUUCUAUUUUAAGCAAAGCUUUCUAUUUCACCAUGCACUGGUCAACCCAGAUUCUCCCACCGGAACCAUUUUCCACCGCCACCAACCGCUCAUCACCGCUCACCGCCGCCCACCAAGAAUUCUCCAUCAUGGUUUCUGCUUUGCAGAACGUCAUGAACGGCGGAGAUGCCCCGCCGGAUGCGAAUUUUGAUUCCCACCCCCGUUUCUCUUCACUACCUUUCCAGUACACGUGUCAGUUCUGCAAAUACGAGGGGUGUUUGGGGUGCAACUUCUUUGCCGCGCCGGACGCCCGUCAAAUGGCGAAGAAGAAAAGCAACGCGGUGGUGAUGAAGAGGAAGAAGAAGAAUUAUUACAGGGGAGUGAGGCAGAGACCGUGGGGUAAAUGGGCGGCGGAGAUUCGAGACCCGAGGAAGGCGGUGCGAGUUUGGCUGGGAACCUUCAAGACGGCGGAGGAGGCGGCGAGGGCUUACGACAGAGCCGCCAUUGAGUUCAGAGGUCCCCGAGCCAAGCUCAAUUUCUCAUUUGCCGAUUACACCAACACUACUACCGUGUCAACGACAACCUUAAAAACACGACAAAAACACGAUAAAAGCACUUCAUCAUCCUCCUCUAUCUCCCAGCAGCCGCGGCAACAUGUACAAGAAAACAGUGAUCUCAAGACAAAUUGGUCGGCGCCGGCAAAAAUGGAACUGCGGAACGGUGACGAGGAGUUUCAAGAAUGGAUGAUGAUGCUGAUGGAUUUCAACGACGUCUCUUCCGAUUACAUUCUUCAACUACCUUAAACUCUCAGAGGCGAUCAUUAGGAAAUUCAAUUGUUUGGAUAAUGUGUUCAAUUCUCUUUUCUGUAAUAGUUUCAUAAUUUUUGUUCGGAAAUUAUAAGAAUGAAGAUACAGAUGAUGA